GCCCCGCCCUCGGUGGGCGCGUCCCGGCGGCGGCCACGUUGACAGGGCGGGAGCGGGGGCGCGCCGGGUGUCGCCGCGCAGCGCGGGGCAGGCUGGGCGCCGGCAGUUGUUCGGGGUGCGGGUGCCCGGUGCGAGAGCCACAGUUACAAUGUCUUCGCCUCCCAAAGAGAAAGUAGAGACGCGGGCCGGACACCCUCCUGCUGUGAAAGCUGGUGGGAUGCGGAUUGUGCAGAAACACCCACACAAUUCUGAUGCCAAAGAAGAAAAAGAUAAGGAUGAUCAAGACUGGGAAACCAGCAACCCACCUAAACCAACGGUGUUCAUCUCCGGUGUCAUUGCUAGGGGCGAUAAGGACUUUCCUCCAGCUGCGGCUCAGGUGGCUCAUCAGAAACCACAUCCUUCUGUGGAAAAGCUUCCUCACCCGCAACAUGUCAAACAGCACAUCCACCAGCCUCGCAAGUGAGCUCUCCGACAAGAUCUCAACCAAACUGCCAUCAGCAAAUAAGUUUUCAAAAUAAGACCGAAACCCUUUAGGAUUCACGCUGUCGAAUCACUAAAAUAGUAUGCUGUUUCUUUUACUUUAAUUCUCAAGGGUUAAUAAAAAUGAAGACAUUGUUUAGUUGCUAUCCCACAUGGAAAAUUCUCUUUUAAGUAUUUGCUGAUUAAGGGUGGGUUUUUAAUAAGAUUUUCUCAUUGCCAAGAUAAAACUUUAGGACGAUUAAUGAGCUUAAAACUUGUACUUUUAGUUGUGGAGUCACAAUAGCAGAUAGUUGAUGUAGUUUUUAUGCUAAGCUAGUAAGGAAGAAUAGCCCUUUUGUACUGGUACCUUGACUAUCUGGAGGGAGCUGGUUGAGACAAAUUGGUGUUUGUGUAGAUUAUGUAGAACCCUUGAAGUCUUCAGUAGCCUGUGGUGUUACACGCCAGUAGCUGUGCCCUCUGAUUUCAACUAGUGAGAUGAAAAAAGAGCCCAAAACCAUUUUCAAGUGGGCAGAAAUCCAGCUGAAUCUUCUUUACACCCCUUUGCACUUGCACAGUCUUUGAAGGUCUGUGGGUGUGGAGAGGGGAGAGAAAUCAAGGUUACAAGACCGCUGCUGCUGUAAGCAACUGAUUUGUGGUCUUGUGGGUCUCACUGGGGGCUGUAUUUUUAUGAGGUGCUGACUUCUCAAUUCCAAUAGCAAACUGAAGGACCUCAGGACCCUCCAGAACUGAACUUAAAGAAACUAAACUGAUGAAAAAUAUGUUUUCUUUUUUUAACUUACAGUUUGAGGUCACCGUUUGAAAUUAAGAGAUACCAUUAGUAAAUAUGUUUAACUUUAUGACUCAGCCUCUGUUGUGUUUUUUCGUAGACUUCUUAUUGUGAAUAAGGACAGUGGUAACAUGAGGGAAUAAUAAAGUUACUUUUCAAAUAGAGCAAUCUGGUUAGUUUAAAUCUUUUGGCUGCACAGUUCAAAAUCAUUUAGCUGUAUUAUUUUCCUUCUGCAACUCAUCUCUGUAAAACCCAGAAAAAAAUUUUUUAAACAUUCUACCUACAUUUUUAAAGUGUACUGCUGUUUUUAACCGACUAUAGAUACAGUAAAGCCUUUAGUACUCUCUAGGUUUACAAAACUUCUAAUAAUGUCAAAAAAGUGGGUACCGGAGCUAGUACUGCAAACACACCUGGCAAAUCAGUGGAAAUUUGGGUUCACAUGGGGUUUUACUAGUUCAUUUAUGUUUCAAAUCAGAUACUAUAGUAAACCAGUGAGGAGAGUUUUAAAAAUACUAUAUGUUUAAAAAUUUCUGCAGAUUAAAUACUAAUUCCCCAAGUAGCUGAUUUAAAAUACCAACAACAAAAAAAACAUGUGAAAUAUGGCCCAUUUCACAAGUGGGAUAACUCACUUCAUCUGGGUGAGAGGGACUUGACAUUUCCAUCUCUUCAUAGGCUUGAAAUGGAAAUGAUGUUUUGCAAAGGAUAUGCAUGGAUAUAUUUAUUCUACACCCAAGGAAGGAUGUACAAUCUGUAUAUGCAGUCCUUAUUUUCAAUUUAAUUAAAUGACCAUACUUGCCUUAAGGAACGAGUAUUGUUUAUAAGAAUUAUUCUGUAUUAGAAUAUGCAUAAUUUGUAAAAUAUGCUUUCUGCUUUUGAUGUCGGUACGUCUGAGGCCUUGUUCGUAGCCACUCAUGAGUGUACAAGUGAUUCACACAUGAGUAACUCAUUCACAAGGGGAGCAUUGUUGAGUCUCAUGGAAUAUCUGCAUGAGGUAAUUUGCAGAGGAACGUUUGCAGAUUCAGGACAGAAAGUGGUGGCAUCUUGUUGAUGGUGCAGCCAGCAGCUGUCAGUGAUGCGUCAGUGAUGAAGCAGAUUGUCACUGUUGUUUGGUACUGGUAGCUGCUGGAUUGAGAGUGAGCUGGAUGGUUUUGUGCCCACAUCUGGAGUAGCGUCUGUGCUGCAGCUGUAGUCAGUGGUGAUGUAGUCGAGACAGUUGGGUAGAGUUUAGGUAUGGCAUCUUCAACCAAAUGGAAGUGUCUUUCAAGAUGAGCUGGGUCACUCUUGACUCCGCCGGCUGCAGUGGAAAACAAAGCAUAACCUAGUGUAGGAGCACACGGUUAGAUGGGGCUGGGUACCUCUACUCUGUGUUUAGAAAUCACACAGAAUGUGCUCGUAGAAAUGCAUAUUUCUGUCUUCUGAAAGCAACACCACAUUUCCAUUCUAGUACUGAAACUUAGGAACAUGGAUGCUUUUAAAUGACAAACUACUGCUUCUGGUUGUUAAUGCAAUAUACACAACAUAUAUAUAGACAAUACCUGAAUUUUGUCUUUGAUUACUUAGACGAGUACGUAAGUUUGUACAAUGGAGUAUGACUCUUAAGAUAGCUUUAGUGGCUUUUAGAGUGCAGGAAUUCCUAUAUGGUUAGAAAAUGUCAUUGUAUGAAAGCAUAUUAUAUAUUGUUUGCAGGUAUCCAUGUUUAUACAUUGGUGUCCUUACCAAAGUAUUACCAUGCCCAAAAUAAAGAAUCGUUAUCUGGAUUGCCUACUGAUGAUUAUUGAUAUUUUAAAGUAUGUUACAAUAACAUACAAACACAGGAGAUGUUCAGAUGUUAUCUUGAAAUGAUUGCAAAAUAAAUUUUCUGUAAUCGUCAAUGUGGCGAUAAUGUAACAAUAAAGCAUGCAGAUAUA